AUGUCCACAAACAAUGCCUCUUUGGAUGCGGCAUCCAGCGACCGCAAAUCCCGUCUCGCCAAGCUCGCAGCUCUGAAGCGAAAGCAACCUGAGCCAGAAACGCCAGCAGACCUCAGUGCAGGAGAUUUAGAAUUAGGCGACACUGCUUCAGAAAUUACAACCAAGUUUCUUUCUGGACGCAACUACGAUGCUGAGACUCGUGGCCCCAAACUAGGUUUCGAGCAAGGCCCUCAUGAGGGCCAAGUGACGGUGGAGGCACAAGCAGCCCAGAUCGCAGAGGCUGUUAGAGAAGAAGCCCAAAAGGAAGAUGCCGAUCAACCAAUUGAUUUAUUUAAACUACAACCUAAGAAGCCCAACUGGGAUUUGCGACGUGAUUUGGACGAGAAGUUGAAGACAUUGAAUGUGAGAACGGAGAAUGCCAUUGCCCGUCUUGUCCGCCAGCGCAUAGAGAAUGCACAACGCGAGGCCAAGGAGCGAGGAGCGAGUUUAAAUGGGGACGAUCAAGGGGAGGAAGUGGGCAUCGAGGGGCAAAUGCUGGUGGAAGGGAUUCAUCUUCGCGAAAAAGAAGCGGAAGAUGAGGAUUGA